UACAAAAGUGUCUUCGUCUCGCCCCUUCACAGCUCCUCACACUCCACUCCCCACACCAGACAGCAGUGAUUUUGCUUCUUAUUUCACCAUUUAUUAGCUUAUUGGUUGACAGGAUCACGGCCAUCAUUCUCAAGAGGCAACAUGACCACAUUAGUGACCGCCGCCUCACCACACACUGUAGGGGGGACGCCAGUACCCGCACCAUCGGCAAGACUCAAGUGUCCGCUCUUUGGUAUUUUCAGAUGUUACCGGUAAACUUCCACUAUGAGUUGGAUUUUGUUGCUGACGUAUAAAGUAGUUUAGUUUUGAUACUUACUAUACUGUGUGAAAAUGGCCGCCGAGUGUUCAGAGUGCCGGAAGAUUUUCCCACAAAAGCAGCGACUUAAUAGACACAUGUUGACUCACACUUGGGAGAAAUCUUUUGAGUGUGUUGAAUGUGGGAAGAAGUUUGCCCAGAGGCUCAUGCUCAAGAAGCACAUGUUCACUCAUGCCGGGGAGAAACCUUUUGUGUGUAGUGAGUGCGGGGAUAAAUUUAUAGUGAGACAGGACUUUGAGGCGCACAAGUUGAUUCAUUCUGGGGAAAAGCAGGUACGCGGCAGUGAGUUCGGGGAGAAGGUCGUGGUAAAGCGAGAACCGGUCGAACAGGAGGUGCCGGACACGAGAGAGAAGCCGGUGCAGUGCGUGUGGCUUGUGCCCGACUCUGGUAACAUUAACGUAGACUCUCCCCAGAGAUCCCCUCCCAGCUGUGAGACGAGUCUCUCUGUGACGUUUAUGACGGGUGAACCCAAAGACAAGGUAGAGAGUGAGUGUCGGUGUGAUAACUGUGGCAAUGUUUACAGCACCAACAAGAGCCUCAAGAGACACUUAAAGACGUGUGGCAACGUUGGGAGUCUCAAUAAAACUAAGUGUUUACAUCCCACUUGUGACAGAAAAUUUUUCCACAUAACCAAAAUGAUUCAUCAUUUAGAAAAUGAUCAUUCAGGAAUGAAUGUUAAUGCCAAAGAAAUAAACUUUACAUCACUUGAUGACUUUAAGAAAUGGAAGGAGGAAGAAGAGGUGAACACUUAUUCUUAUUUCAGCAGAAACUGCGGGAAAACUCGUCUAAAAGGCGGAGUUUACAACUAUUAUACCUGUCAGCACGACGGCUCCGAGAGGUUUCACUGCAGAAGCGGAGAAGCGGGUAGAACGACCAACAGGAGGUGGGCUAAAGGCAGAGUUAAAACUGGUAUUACCUGUCCUUCCCGUAUGCUCGUUAAGGAGUAUAACACUGGCGCGAUUUCUGUCAAGUACAUAUCCACUCACAACCACGAAGUGAAGUUUGAGAAUGUGAAGUAUCAGCCGCUGCCCUCCAGUACCCUACAGCUAGUGAAGCAGCAGCUGGCACUGGGCGUCAGCCCCAGGAAAAUACAAGAAAAAUUACGUGAUGGAAUCUCUGACGAGCACGACGAGAACGAUGUGAACCAGGCGUCCAGGAGAAUACAUUUUGUGUCUCUCAAACAACUAAAUGAGCUCAGGCGGAAAUUGAAGAUGAACAGUCGGAUCCAGGAGGUGGAUGCUGCCUCCGUCGCCUCGCUGGUCAAGAAUUUUGAAGGUUAUCCCGUCAGCCCAUUCAUCACGUACAAACCUCAGGACGGACCCGUCGUCAUCGGUGACUCUGAGCUUGACGAUCUCCCCGAUGCCAAAGAUUUAUUUGCUGUCGGCUUACAGACAGAACAGCAAAUGAGGAUUAUGAGAGAUGGUGUAGAAAGAUUGUUAUAUUUGGAUUUCUUUCAUUUUGACAAUGAUAAUGAGUUUACUCUACUUAAUCUAAUUGUUCCGGAUGAGUCGGGGAACUGUUACCCCGUAGCCCAUUUUAUCACAAAUCGUAAAGAUGAAAAAACGCUGAGAUGUUUAUUCUCCAGCCUGAGGGAGCGCUGUCCCUCCCUCAGGAUUGAGGCGGUGAUGACGGACGGAAACGCUCAGGGAGUGUGUGCCCUCAAGACUGUGUUUGGGUACAUGAGAACACUUAUGUGCCAGAAACAAAUCAGGAAAAGUUGGGUAAACAGACUUGGGGUAAUGGUGAAUGACGACGCGAUGAGACGGGAGAUGUUGUCUGCACUGGAUCGUCUACUCCUUGAGAAAGACGAGGAAUAUUUCCAGCACAUGUGUAGUUCAUUCAUAGGAAGAUACAGUAAAGUCUUCCCUGAUUUUGUUUACUACUUUAAGAAAUUUUACCUCAACUCCCCACAAGUUUGGGCAGACUGUUACAGAAUAUUGCCAGAUACACUUGUUGACCCCGACACCUUCUGCUUGCUUCUUCACAACAGACUUCGAUCAUUUCAUUAUGAUAAGAAGCACAGUAGAAAGAUCAGCGACCUUCUGUUACUGCUGCUGGAGGCCGAGAAGGAGACCGUGACGCUGUACGAGCAGAGUUUCAAGUGCGGCAUAACGUCCGUGUUCCCCGAGCCGCCGGUGAACGACAGACACGCCAGGGGUCUACAGAUCCCCAAUGGUGAUGUUACCAUGUGUGAGGGAGUGUGGAAGGUUAUGUCUCAACACAACACAAAUACAUAUUAUGUCGUAACCUGCAGUGCUGAAGACUGUAGGCAAGACUUCUGCUUCGAGAAGUGUACGGAUGUGUCCUGUGCCGGCCUGUGUGCUCACUUGUUCACGUGUUCCUGUCGGGAUGUGUCUGGUCUGUGUAAACACAUACACAAGAUCCGCUCCCUGACGGUGCAAGACGUGGGCACCAGACACCGGAUCUGCCACAAACAAGAGGAAGGAGUUUACUGUGAACUAAAACAAGAAGUGUUGGUUGACCAAGAGGAGGAGAUGUACACUAUUGUGAACAAUAACAAGAGGUUUACUGUGAACACUGAGGAUGUAUACACCACACACUUACAGGAUGUAUACACUACAGAAACUACUGAAAUAUACUGUACCCAAGAUCAAAAUACAGAGGAUGUAGCAGUACACGAUGACAACAACACACAAGUGGAAGAUAUUUAUACAACAAAGCUGAGAGCAACUUACCAUACAGCCAUAGAUGAUGUGUGUUGUUCCCAGGCACAGGCAACUGGAGCACCCCAGACAGAAAAUGACUUGUACACACCUCCUCAGGUUCCUAAAGUUGGCGUAGAGCUGCGUCCCGUGGCAUCGCGGUUAGAAGUGGUCGGGCACUGUGAGGUCGUGACGUCGCACAUUGAGGCGGCGGUACUGCAGACGAACGACAUGACUUCACUGGCUGGUAUUGGGGUAGAGCACGAGGAAAUUGUGUCACAUGUUGAAGGAAUGGGAGAGGGUGAAGAUGUCCUCCCGUGAGCAGAAGAAACCAUUCAGUAUGACGAUGUACCCGGUAACACUAUAUACAGUACAGAGAUGGUGGUGGCCGGCAAAGAUGGUAGUAUUGAGCGACACCGUACAUUGACAAGCAGAGACAAUAGUGAUGAAUAAGAACGGCACAGUGUGUCCCAAGACAGUCAUGAAGAACGCGGAAGUGUUCCCUCACGAUGGGGGGGGGGGAUGUACCACAGAAUCCUCAACGAGAUUAAAUAUUUCACCAAAGAUCCGCCCAGCAGAGUCCUUGAGAGCCUUGCAGCCUCAGAGAUUCCCCCCUCCCACUCCCCCCUACAGGCCACCGUCAACAAGAAUGUGGCCGCCAGUGAUGAAUAGUGUCUUACAUAGUUACUGAAGAUGAUGUAAAGGUGUGUUAGCAACUGUUACUCCAUACAAUCUGAUUUAAUAAUAGAAAAAACAUCAAUGCAAUAUGUUAAAGAACUUUCUUUUUAUUUAAAAAAGUUAUAUUUAAUUAUGGCUAUUUAAUAUAUUUUCUUUCAUGUGAUUAACUGAAUAAAAAAGUAUUUAAUCAGGCUGUAUUUUCAUAAAUUUUUAUUGUAUACUGUAUUAAGCAGGUUGAAUUUUGUAUUUAAUUACAAAUAUAUUUAAUUUAGGAAUGGAAAAGCCAUCAAUUAACUCUGCUGUGAUUAAGAUAAAAAAAAUCAUAUUUAAUUCUCGAUGAAUUACUGUAAUUAAUACCCUCAUUAUGCGCUUUAAAACCUCAGUUGUCGAAGCGCAGUGAUAACAUAACGUCAAUGAUCAAGGUAAUAUUUUUCUUCCCUGUUUGGAAUGUUUAUUGAUGUCAAGGAAUUUGGAAGACAAAAGACAUCAAUGAAAUGGUUUGUGGUUUAUUGAAAAGGUGGAGGUUAGGUGUUUAAGAAAGGUUGAUGAAUUAUUGUGAUGGUCUGAUGGAUUAAAUUAAUAUUUUUUAAA